ACAGUUUUAAAUCACACUCCAAGAAGAUCCUCACAUUGUCCGCGCUCGAUCAUGGCGACAUCCUCCGUUUCUAGGGUUCCGGCAAAACCAGCGGCCACUUCUUCUCUACUGUCGACGCUCAAGGCUUACUUUAUCCCUUUUAUACUUUUCUCUACUUCGCUCUUCUAUCAACUAAUCGUGAUUCCUCGUUCCUUCCCUCGUUCGCAUUAUGAUGUAUUGGGUAUCAGAGCGCAUAGUUCAAUUGAGGAAGUCAAUCAGGCAUACGAAAAACUCUCUUCAAAGUGGGAUUCAGGUGUUGAAGUUCCUUCUACCAUUGAUUUUAUCAAGGCUCGAUAUGCUUUUGAGUUGUUGACAAAUAAAAUUUGGAAAAGAGACUAUGACCUAUUCAGCAUUGAUGAGCAAUUUCAUGUUAUUGAAAAGGCUAAAGAGCAGUACGUUGGAAGAAGUAUUUCAGAAAUCACCCUUCCUCUCCUGGAGACAAUUUCUUUUGAUCCUGAAGAUCAUGCUGUUGAUGUCAUCAACUCUGAGAAUUUUCUAUCCAAGCUUGAAACUGAUAAGGCAUUGCUAAUUCAGAUUUUCUCUCCGGGGAGUACACGAUGUGCUCAAUUUUCAAACAAAUGGAAGAGAAUUGUUACUUUGCUAGAUGGGGUCGCAGAUACUGGAGUUAUUGAUCUUGCUGAUGUUCAACUUGCCACAUAUCUAGCUGAGAAAAGAACUGGUGGACUACCAUAUUUAAGACAUGGAAUUCCAGCACUUGUGGCUUUCCCCCCAGGUUGUAGAGGUUUAAGGUGCAUGUCUAGGUAUGACGGAGAACUUUCUGUUGAUUCAGUUACCGAUUGGGUUGCAAUGUCCAUUCUAAGUUUGCCUCGUAUUCGGUACUACUCGAAGGAGUCAAUGGCUCAAGAUUUUCUGCUGAAAAGCAAACCUCACAAGGUCAAGGUCAUUUUCUUCUCUCAAACUGGAGAGCGGGCAACUCCAUUUAUACGUCAAGCUGCUAAGAAUUACUCAGCCUAUGCUACAUUCGCAUUCGUGCUAUGGCAGGAAGGAGAAUCUUCAUUGUGGUGGAAUAUGUUAGGGGUCGAAUCUGCUCCUGCCAUUGUAUUUCUAAAAGAAACAGGUGUCAAACCUGUUGUUCAUCAUGGCUAUGUGAACAGUUCAUUGUUUGUGGAUAUUAUGGAGAAGAAUAAAUAUCAUGUGCUUCCACAAUUGAGGAGUGUAACUUCAAAGGAAUUGGGUUGUGAUCCGCGGGGUUUUUCACGUGCUGGAAAGGAUACCAAGAUAUGGUAUUGUGUUGUUUUAGUUGGGAGGUAUAGCAAGGAGCUCAACGAAAUGCGUGAAACCAUGCGCAGGAUUCAAGAAACCCUUUCAAAUGAUAGAGAUUUGACUGCAGUGGAUCAAGAUCUGCCAUCUGCACCAGCUCUGCUUGCACUAAAACAGAAACGGCUGACAUUUACCUGGCUUGAUGGGGAAGCACAGAAAAGUUACUGUUUCUUCUACAUUAAUUCAGAAAAUAGUUAUGAGACCUGUGGGCCGAUGAGGGAUAUAACAGACACAGCACAAUUGUUCAUUGUACGCUAUGAUAGGAAUGAUACAGAGAAUGUUGGAAAACAGCCAACCAGCAAAUUCUCAGAAUUGUACAAUGUUGAAACUGAUCCUGCAGCUCAGCUUGUGGCAAAAUACAAUGGUUCUAAUAAAAUUGAACAGAUCGUACAAUGGAUUUCUGAGAUUAUCAAAGAUGGUGACUCAAAGAACCUUCCUUCAUUUAAAACAAGAACUCCUGAAUUGGUCCCAGAGGAUGCAGAUUCCAGUUGGUCAUCUUGGUCUGAAGGAACUGUUAGUCCUAGUAGAGGAUUGAUUCAUAGGGUCAAAAGUUUCCUAAAUAAAGUUCAUGAUUACAGCGGCGAUCCAAGAGUUGGACCUUUCUUGCUCCUGGCAGCACUGAUCUCAUUUGGCAGUGUUUGGUUUAAGAGAAGUCAGGUAGCUCAGUCAAGCGGGCCUGAUCAUUCAAGCCAGAAAUCCAAUGAGCCAGAACGUUCGAACCAGCAGACCAGAGAGCCUGAUCAGUCAAAUGAACCAAAUGCAAAGGACGCAACCAUGCGAAAGCGAAGAACUCGCCCAAGAAACGAUCUUGUUCCACCUUCUAUGACCGACGUGGACCCAAAAGAUGCUUACCAAGCGGAGUUUUCAGUUUCAGGGUAG